UCCGAGGUGAGGGUGGCCGCGGGUUUAGCGGAGCGGGACACCUGCAGCAGGUGUCGCGGGGUCGCGGCUCCUGGCGGGCGGGCGGGGUGGCGGGGCUCCCACGCGGACGCCGCAGUGCAGCGCGGGCCUCGCGCCUGGCCCGCCCCUCAGUCCCCGCCCCGCAGGCCGCGGGAGCCCGCCGGGAGGCGCGCGGGAGGUGGCCGCGGCCCGGGGCCACCGCGCGCCGCUGCCCAACAUGGUCGCUGCGCACGCUGCACACUCUCCGUCCUCGGCUGAGUGGAUUGCCUGCCUAGAUAAAAGGCCGUUGGAGCGAUCCAGUGAAGAUGUGGACAUAAUUUUCACGCGCCUGAAAGAAGUUAAAGCUUUUGAGAAAUUCCACCCAAACCUUCUCCAUCAGAUUUGUUUAUGCGGUUAUUAUGAGAACCUGGAGAAAGGAAUAACACUAUUUCGCCAAGGUGAUAUUGGAACCAACUGGUACGCUGUCCUAGCCGGGUCUUUGGAUGUUAAAGUUUCUGAGACUAGCAGCCACCAGGAUGCUGUUACCAUCUGCACCCUGGGGAUCGGGACAGCCUUUGGAGAGUCCAUACUGGACAACACGCCCCGCCAUGCGACCAUCGUUACCAGAGAGAGCAGUGAACUCCUCCGCAUUGAGCAGGACGACUUCAAGACUCUAUGGGAGAAAUACCGACAGUAUAUGGCCGGCCUUCUGGCUCCUCCCUAUGGUGUUAUGGAAACGGGCUCCAACAAUGACAGGAUUCCCGACAAGGAGAAUACACCUCUCAUUGAACCUCACGUUCCUCUCCGUCCUGCUAACACCAUUACCAAGGUCCCUUCAGAGAAGAUCCUCCGAGCUGGGAAAAUCUUACGAAUUGCCAUUCUCUCUCGAGCACCCCACAUGAUAAGAGACAGAAAAUACCACCUAAAGACGUACAGACAAUGCUGUGUCGGGACUGAACUGGUAGACUGGAUGGUACAGCAAACGUCCUGUGUUCACUCCCGGACUCAAGCUGUUGGCAUGUGGCAGGUCUUGCUGGAAGACGGCGUCCUCAACCACGUGGACCAGGAGCGCCAUUUCCAAGACAAAUAUUUAUUUUAUCGAUUUCUGGAUGACGAGCACGAGGAUGCCCCUUUGCCUACUGAGGAGGAGAAGAAGGAGUGUGAUGAGGAGCUCCAGGACACCAUGCUGCUGCUGUCUCAGAUGGGCCCCGAUGCCCACAUGAGGAUGAUCCUGCGCAAACCACCUGGCCAGAGGACUGUGGAUGACCUAGAGAUUAUCUAUGAUGAGCUCCUUCAUAUCAAAGCCUUAUCCCAUCUUUCUACCACAGUGAAGCGGGAGUUAGCAGGGGUUCUCAUCUUCGAGUCUCACGCCAAAGGAGGAACUGUGCUGUUUAACCAGGGGGAAGAAGGUACCUCCUGGUACAUUAUUCUAAAAGGAUCGGUGAAUGUAGUCAUUUAUGGCAAGGGUGUGGUCUGCACCCUGCAUGAGGGAGAUGACUUUGGCAAGUUAGCUCUUGUGAACGAUGCCCCACGAGCGGCCUCCAUUGUUCUCCGAGAAGAUAACUGUCACUUCCUAAGAGUCGACAAGGAAGAUUUCAACCGGAUUUUGAGGGACGUUGAGGCGAAUACAGUCAGACUUAAAGAACAUGACCAAGAUGUCUUGGUGCUGGAGAAGGUCCCAGCGGGGAGCAGAGCUUCUAAUCAAGGAAACUCACAGCCUCAGCAAAAGUACACUGUGAUGUCAGGAACGCCUGAAAAAAUUUUAGAGCAUUUUUUAGAAACAAUACGCCUCGAGCCGUCUUUGAAUGAAGCAACAGACUCGGUUUUAAACGACUUUGUUAUGAUGCACUGUGUUUUUAUGCCAAAUACCCAGCUUUGCCCUGCCCUGGUGGCCCAUUACCACGCACAGCCUUCUCAAGGCACAGAACAGGAGAGAAUGGACUAUGCUCUCAACAACAAGAGGCGGGUCAUCCGAUUGGUUCUGCAGUGGGCUGCCAUGUACGGGGACCUGCUCCAAGAAGAUGAUGUGGCCAUGGCUUUCCUGGAGGAGUUCUAUGUGUCUGUCUCAGAUGACGCCCGGAUGAUGGCUGCCUUCAAGGAGCAGCUGCCGGAGCUGGAGAAGAUCGUCAAACAAAUCUCAGAAGAUGUGAAAGCGCCACAGAAGAAGCACAAGGUCCUUUUGCAGCAGUUCAACACAGGUGACGAGAGGGCCCAGAAACGUCAGCCGAUUCGUGGCUCUGAUGAGGUCUUGUUUAAGGUGUACUGCGUGGACCAUACCUAUACCACCAUCCGGGUGCCCGUAGCUGCCUCGGUGAAGGAAGUCAUCAGUGCGGUGGCUGACAAACUCGGCUCUGGGGAAGGGCUGAUCAUAGUCAAGAUGAACUCCGGAGGAGAAAAGGUGGUGCUCAAACCUAAUGAUGUUUCAGUAUUUACGACGCUCACCAUUAAUGGACGCCUGUUUGCCUGCCCGCGAGAGCAAUUCGACUCACUGACUCCCUUGCCAGAACAAGAAGGCCCCACCACUGGGACAGUGGGAACUUUUGAGCUGAUGAGCUCGAAGGACUUGGCGUACCAGAUGACCACGUAUGAUUGGGAACUCUUCAACUGCGUGCACGAGCUGGAGCUAAUCUACCACACAUUUGGAAGGCAUAAUUUUAAAAAGACCACAGCAAACUUGGAUUUGUUCCUGAGGAGAUUUAAUGAAAUUCAGUUUUGGGUUGUCACUGAGAUCUGCCUUUGUUCCCAGCUCAGCAAGCGUGUUCAGCUUUUGAAGAAGUUUAUCAAGAUAGCAGCUCACUGCAAGGAGUACAAAAACCUAAAUUCCUUUUUUGCCAUCGUCAUGGGACUCAGCAACGUCGCCGUGAGCCGCUUGGCACUAACGUGGGAGAAACUGCCAAGCAAGUUUAAGAAGUUCUACGCGGAGUUCGAGAGUUUAAUGGAUCCUUCCAGAAACCACAGGGCCUACAGGUUGACAGCAGCGAAACUGGAUCCUCCCAUCAUCCCUUUCAUGCCCUUGCUCAUUAAAGAUAUGACAUUUACUCAUGAGGGGAACAAGACUUUCAUUGACAAUCUAGUAAACUUUGAAAAAAUGCGCAUGAUCGCCAAUACUGCCAGAACCGUACGGUACUACAGAAGCCAGCCCUUCAAUCCCGACGCCGCUCAAGCUAAUAAAAACCAUCAGGAUGUCCGGAGUUAUGUACGGCAAUUAAACGUGAUUGACAACCAGAGAACUUUAUCACAGAUGUCACACAGAUUAGAGCCUCGCAGGCCAUAGGCACGCGAAGGGCUCUGAGCGGUGUUCUGUCUCCGGUCCACAAUCUCUCCAAAACGCCCUGUGUGCGUGUGACUACUGACUGUGUUGUCACUAGAGAAUUCUCCAGAAUGAGCAGAGACACAUCCCGAGACCCCCUCAGGGCCACACCCAGCUUUCCGAGCAUCCCACACGAGAGGAAGAGAUUGGACCUGUGUGACGCUGACCUGCCGUAGCUUAGGGGUCAUCCGUUAUAGUCACCCUUCUUCAUUUCCAGCCAUGCCGUCAUCAGGCUCACACGAAGAAACGCGAUUGCUGAGGAAUGCCAAGCCCCUGACAUCCCCUUCCAGGCUGUGGUAGGAGACUGUGCCUGGUGGGUUUGACUUAGAUACAUUGAUGAUGAUAUAAUUGAAUGGGUUUUUUUUUUUCACUUAGCACCUUGAUUUGAGGCAUGGGGUCUGGGGUGGGUGUGGAGGAACCAUAAAAGUCCAAAUUAUAGGUCGUAUUCCUCCAUCUUCAUAAUCUUACCUCUGAAGGACUAGAGCCCACACCACAAUACAAUGAAGCAUCGUGGCUAUUUGGUCUGUAAUUUCCGAAUGAUACUAUAGAAAAUAUGUUUACAUUGUAAAUUGUAACUCUUACAAAUUUACAAAUCAGGAUCGCGUAUGUAAUAACUGCUAAGAAACACUGAAGCUCUUAAUAUCGUCGGCAUUAAGAGGGAGAACAGCAUCCAGAAGAGCACAAUAUGCACAAAACGUUUUUCAAAAUUGAGAUAUUUUCCUGGGCAUUAAAAACCUUUCCUCUACAAAUUUAUUGUUACUGAUGAAAAAAACCGUAUUUUCUGGACUUAAAUGUUACUACAAAAAAUCUUAAUUUUCAGCAAUUGUUUUGCACUUUCAGAUAGAUUGUAAAUAGGUCGUGCAAUCAAUGGUAUAGAGUUAUUUAUUCGCUACAUGAUAGACAUUGUGCCAAAUGAUUCCUUUUUAUUUAUUUUAUUUAGUAUGAAAUUUUGGAAUACAUUUUUUCCUGUUUUCACAAUUAGACUACAUUUAAUGUGUAGGCAUUGUCUGUACAUAUCUCUUCUGUAAAUAACAGCCAGUAUCUUCAUUAAAUACCCUUGACAA